AUGGUAACAACAGCCUCCUCCUCCAGCACCUGCUCUCCCCCACUUCCUUUCAUCCCUCUGUGGACCUGCCCACUGGGGUUCCCUUCUCUUCAUCCUCCUCCUCUUCCUCCCUCUGGCCCACCAGUGGCCCACUGUCGGCCCCCGUUCUCCAGAGAGGAAACCCCUUCCUCUGGAGGUGGAAGUCGGCAGCUGUGGUUCUGGUUCUGGUUGUGGGAGCGAUGCUCGGUCCUCCUGAGGCUCAGCAUGUCGGACUCGUGGACAGUCCUCUCUAAUUUCUCCCUCCCUGAGAGGAGCAUGCUGCGGCGCUCCAGGAGCUGUCGAGCGAGCAACAGGAAGAGUCUGAUCGUGACGUCAAGCACCUCGCCAACGCUUCCUCGACCACACUCUCCUUUACACGGACACACAGGAACCAGCCCGUUGGACAGCCCUCGUAACUUCUCCCCCAACACCGCAGCGCACUUCUCUUUUGUUCCUGCGCGCAGAACCGAUGGCAGGCGCUGGUCUCUGGCCUCGCUGCCGUCCUCUGGAUACGGAACCAACACGCCCAGCUCCACGGUGUCGUCCUCCUGUUCAUCUCAGGAGAAGCUGCACCAGCUGCCCUUCCAGCCCACCCCCGACGAGCUGCACUUCCUCACCAAGCACUUCAGCUCCGAGAGCAUCACGGACGAGGAGGGCCGCCGCUCCCCCGCCAUGAGACCGCGCUCCCGCAGCCUCAGUCCUGGACGCUCCCCCGUCUCCUUCGACCACGAGAUCAUGAUGAUGAACCACGUCUACAAGGAGCGCUUCCCCAAGGCCACGGCUCAGAUGGAGGAGCGUCUGGCGGACCUGCUCGCCUCCUCGGACCCGGACAAGGUCCACCCGCUGGCCGAUGGGGUCCUGAGCUUCAUCCACCACCAGCUGAUGGAGCUGUCCCGGGACUGCCUGGAGAAAAGCCGCGCGGGCCUCAUCACGUCGCGCUACUUCUACGAGCUGCAGGAGAACCUGGAGAAGCUGCUGCAGGACGCUCACGAGCGCUCGGAGAGCGUGGAGGUCGCCUUCGUCACUCAGCUCAUCAAGAAGCUGAUGAUCAUCAUCGCCCGGCCCGCUCGGCUCCUGGAGUGUCUGGAGUUUGAUCCUGAGGAGUUUUACCACCUGUUGGAAGCAGCUGAGGGCCACGCUAAGGAGGGUCAGGGCAUCAAGUCCGACAUCCCCCGAUACAUCAUCAGCCAGCUGGGACUCACCAGAGACCCUCUGGAGGAAAUGACUCAGCUGAGCAGCUACGACAGCGGGAACCCAGAAACCCCCGAGACCGACGAUUCUGUGGACAGUCAAAGCACAACGGUCCCAGCUGCUCCACCUCAGACUAAGACCAAAACCCCUCGAGAGGAGGACUUUGAAACCAUCAAGCUGAUCAGUAACGGAGCCUACGGGGCGGUUUAUCUCGUUCGUCACAAGGAAACCAGGCAACGAUUCGCCAUGAAGAAGAUCAACAAGCAGAACCUGAUCCUGAGGAACCAGAUCCAGCAGGCCUUUGUGGAGCGGGACAUCCUGACGUUCGCUGAGAACCCGUUUGUGGUCUCCAUGUUCUGUUCCUUUGAGACCAGGAGGCACCUCUGCAUGGUGAUGGAGUACGUGGAGGGCGGGGACUGUGCCACGCUGCUGAAGAACAUCGGAGCCCUGCCGGUCGAUAUGGCUCGCAUGUACUUCGCCGAGACCGUCCUCGCCUUGGAGUAUCUUCAUAACUACGGCAUCGUCCACCGAGACCUCAAACCUGACAACCUCCUCAUCACCUCCAUGGGACACAUCAAGCUGACGGACUUUGGUCUCUCUAAGAUCGGCCUGAUGAGCCUCACCACAAACCUUUACGAGGGACACAUCGAGAAGGACACCCGCGAGUUCCUGGAUAAACAGGUGUGUGGCACCCCGGAGUACAUCGCCCCCGAAGUGAUCCUGCGUCAGGGCUACGGGAAGCCGGUGGACUGGUGGGCCAUGGGGGUCAUCCUGUACGAGUUCCUGGUGGGCUGCGCUCCCUUCUUCGGAGACACGCCGGAGGAACUGUUCGGUCAGGUCAUCAGCGAUGAGAUCGUGUGGCCGGAGGACGAUGAAGCUCUUCCUCUGGACGCUCAGGACCUCAUCUCCAAACUGCUCCGACAAAAUCCUCUGGAACGACUCGGCACCGGAAGUGCCUUCGAGGUGAAGCAGCACCCGUUCUUCUCGGACCUGGACUGGAACAGCCUGCUGAGGCAGAAGGCCGAGUUCAUCCCUCAGCUGGAGUCCGAGGACGACACCAGCUACUUCGACACUCGUUCGGACCGGUACCACCACGUGGACUCGGAGGAAGAGGAGGACACCAACGACGACGAACACGUGGAGAUCCGACAGUUCUCCUCCUGCUCCCCUCGCUUCAGCAAGGUUUACAGCAGCAUGGAGCGUCUGUCUCUGCACGAGGAGAAGAGGACGCCUCCUCCGACCAAACGCAGCCUCAGCGAGGAGGGAGGAGACCGCAUCGACAGCCUGAGCGGUCUCAGGUCCAGAGACCGGUCCUGGCUCGUCGGAUCUCCAGAGAUCCUGAGGAAGCGUCUGUCCGUCUCCGAGUCGUCCCACACGGAGAGCGACUCCAGCCCGCCGCUGACCGUCAGGAGGCGCUGCUGCUCCGCCAUCAUCGAGAUGCCCCGCUUCGCCAUUUCCUCCGAGGAGGAAGGAGGCUCAGGCGGCGCCGGCAGCAGGAAGAGUCCCAGCCUGUUGGGGCCCAGCGUGGUGAGAGGCCCCCGGUGCGAGGAGCUCCCUCUGGCCAUCCCCGAGCUCCCGGCUGAGAGAGAGCCGAAGCUGGAUGAGUCUCCGCCCACCCCCAGCUCCUCCUGCAGCCAGCAGAGCCGGGCCACGCUCACACCGGGCAGCUCGGGCGACGUGUGCGUCAACGGCGGCGGAGCUGCCAAACCCGACGCCGUUUCUCCGUCCACUCCGAAGGCCAUCAGCGACCUGGCGGCGCGCAGGGCUCGCCAUCGGCUGCUGUCCGGAGACGCAGACAAACACACGAGCUCCAAGCCGCUCAACAAGGUCAUCAAGUCGGCAUCGGCCACCACGCUGUCGCUGAUGAUCCCUGCAGACCACCACGGAGCCUCCCCGCUGGCUAGCCCCAUGUCUCCCCACUCGCUGUCGUCCAACCCGUCGUCGAGGGACUCCUCCCCGAGCCGGGACCUGUCUCCGGCCGUGACCAACGUUAAACCGCCCAUCGUCAUUCACCGAGCGGGGAAGAAGUACGGCUUCACGCUGAGAGCCAUCCGGGUCUACAUGGGAGACUCGGACAUCUACACGGUGCAUCACAUGGUCUGGCACGUGGAGGAGGGCGGUCCGGCUCACGAGGCGGGGCUCAGGGAGGGCGACCUGAUCACCCACGUCAACGGCGAGCCGGUCCACGGUCUGGUCCACACCGAGGUGGUGGAGCUCAUACUGAAGAGCGGAGCCAAAGUGUCGAUUUCUGCCACGCUGUUUGAAAACACGUCCAUCAAGGUCGGCCCCGCCCGCAAGACGAGCCACAAGUCCAAGAUGGCGAGACGCAACAAGAAGACUCGGAGCAAGGAGGGACAGGACAGCAAGAAGAAGACGUCUUUGUUCAGGAAGAUCACCAAGCAGGCGUCCCUCCUCCACACCAGCCGCAGUCUGUCCUCGCUGAACCGCUCCCUCUCGUCGGGGGAGAGCGGCGCCGGCUCGCCGACUCACAACCUGUCGCCGCGAAGCCCGACGCAGGGCUACAGGUCCACGCCAGACUCCGCCCACUCAGUUGGAGGGAACUCCUCUCAGAGCAGCUCCCCCAGUUCCAGUGUUCCCAACUCCCCGGCAAGCUCCGGUCACAUCCGGCCCAGUUCUCUGCAUGGCCUCGCCCCGAAACUGCAGCGCCAGUACCGCUCUCCUCGCCGCAAAUCUGCGGGCAACAUCCCGCUCUCCCCGCUGGCUCGCACUCCGUCCCCCACCCCUCAGAGCAGCUCCCCUCAGCGCUCCCCCUCUCCGCUCCCGGGCCACGCUCUGGGCCAGACCGCCACGGGUCAGUCCUUCCCAGUGAAGCUCCACUCCUCGCCGCCUCUGGUGAGGCAGAUGUCUCGGCCGAAGAGCGCCGAGCCCCCGCGCUCGCCGCUCCUCAAGAGGGUGCAGUCGGCCGAAAAGAUUUCCUCCUCGCUCUCCAACUCGCCUUCGUCUCCCGCCGGGGCCGGGGGGGCGGCGGGGGCGACCGCGGGGAGUCGCAAACACAGUCUGGACAUCUGUCAUUCAGAGUUCAAGAAGGAGGUUCUGCAGAGGGAGCCGAGCUUACAGAGUCUGCAGGAGUCCGCCAGCGAAGGCCUGGAGAAGAACAGCCUACACAAACACGCCUCCUCCUCCAGGAAGCUCGGGCGUCAGGAAGGAGACGGCGUCCUGGGCUCAGUGUCCGGGUCUCUGGGUCUGGGUCCGGGGAAAAGCAAACUGAAGGACAAGCUGUCGGCGAUCCGGCAGGACCGGGCCGAGCGCCGGGAGUCGCUACAGAAACAGGACGCCAUCCACGAGGUCGACUCGUCCGAGGACGAGACGGACGAGGGUUCAGAGGACAGUCAGGACGGACGCAGGGUGGCCACCUUCGUCCCCCCUCCUCUGAUGAGACCCACCACAGUGAGGACUGGACCUGGGGGCACGCUGCCAUCCCUCUGCCUCUCUCCCUCCACCCCCCACGCCACAUUCAGCCACACAAGUUCAUCGCAGGUCAGCAGGGUGACCCCGUCUGGCAGCGGCAGCGCUUUUAUCUCGGUCAAGAAGGACACCUUCCUCAAACCGACCCCCCCACUUCAACCCAAGGACCUGAAGCCGAAGGUGGCACUACCAGAGCCCAAAACAAAUGAGCCUGCAGCCGCCCCUGGCUGCAACACCACAGACACACAGGAGCCCCCCAACCAAACCACUGACACCACGGAGCCCCCCCGCGCCUCCUGUUCCUCCCCAGGCAUACCCAAAGAGAAGAAGGAGGCCGACAAUCGGAGGCUGUGCGCCGCUGCAGCCGCCGCGAGUCAAAGCUCCACAUCCAGCUCCUCCGUGGCCCCCCCAGCUCCACCCACAGACGGUGGCGUAGACGAAGUUGUGUCCCAGCUGGCGACGGUAGCGAAGAGCGUCCUGGGUCCCGUCAGACUUGGCACAAAGGACCAGAAAGCGUCCAGAGAAGCCCCGCCCACUGACGCCCCCCCAGCGGCUGCCCCCCCGUCACCCCACCUGUCCCUGAGCAGACAGAAAGCUUCCUCUCAGAGAGAUUCUUCAGGGUCAAGCGGCGCCACAUCAACUCCCCCCGCGUCUGAGCCUCAGCAUCAAAGCUCCGCCCCCCUGCCAACCACUGCCGCCACCGUCGGCUCCUGUGAGGCCCGGGCAGCCGACAGGAAGUCGUAG